CCUGUGUAGAUAAUUACCCGAGGCGUAUACACAACCCGAUACACUGAUUGCCUUUCGACUGUGUGACGUCACAGACACCUGUCAUCGAUGUCUGCAGACGACUGUUGGUGCACUUUCAGGUGUUGUCAAUUACCGUGUAUUGAGAUGGGUGCAAUUAAACGCGGCAUGUGUGAUAUUUACAUGUUUCAGGCCCUCUUUAUUCGAGCCUGUUCAUGGACAGCUUUGUGAAGUGCAAUCUACUGUCCUACUCCUUAGCAUUGGUUUGUCAGGACAUACAGGAGCUGGCCUGCAGGCACUUUGGUGUAGAUAUGGAGCAGUGCCGCAGCCACUGGCACCAGGUACGUGCCAGUCUAGAGGGGACUGAUCAGUCAGCCGACCAGACCAUGACCUGGAUUACUGGCAACCUUUCUACCAGUCAUCCAGCUCUUUACAGAAUUGCUGCUGUGGGUCUCCUCCUCCCAACCUCUACUGCAGAUUUUGAGCGAGGAUUCAGCUGCCUGAAGAGAGUUAAGACUGAAAACAGGAAUUGUCUCUCUGUUAAAGUUCUAAACUAUCUUCUUGCGUCUCCCUGCAAGGACCCCCCUUAGAAUCUUUCAACUUUGAGAAGGCAGUCAAGGUAUGGAAGGACAACAAACCUAGAAGACAGGCCCUCUUUUAAUGAUGUUAAUGAAGAAAAAACAACUGAAAUAUACUCAUUUAAAUGGGACACACACAUACACAUGUACAUAUAAAUGUUGAUCACAUUUUGUGAACUUGUGUUUAUAUAUAAUUGUUUAUUUAUUUGAAUUGUUGGAAAUGGAAAAAGUAAAUAAUAAAAAUUAAGAAAAUGUUUAUCAAGUGAAAAGCUUUCAUUAUUUGUUUUAAAACAGCCCACAGCAGUAUCUUGACACCUUAAAUGGCAAAAAUUUUCUCUUUCAAGUUUUAUUUUUGUUAGUAAAUAUGUCGAUUGUAUUCCGCUUAAAAGCAUUAUUUUUCAGCUUUAACUAUUUGUAUAUAUAGUUUGACAUAGAUUAUAAAAAUAAACUUGUGUGAAAAGUAAUUUGUGUUGACUCUUGAGUUUUUCUUUUCAGGUUGUACUUUUAAACGUAUAUAUAUUUGAUGUUGUUUGUUCACUGAG